GGACAGACGGACAUCAGAGCUGAAAUGUCCCUGCAGGGAGAAAGUACUGACACCUUCACAGUGGACACUUCGUCCUUCUGCAACAGAUUGAAGAGCAUGUGAGUCAUCAAAAUGGAUGAUUUAGAUCACAGCAUACACAUUGGAGAGUAUGACUGGGCGAGCUUCUAUGAUGAGAGUGAGGAGUGUUGUCUGCUGCAGGCUUCGCUCGCCUGCCCUGAUAGCUGGAACCUCAGUGAUUCAGAUGAUUCGGAAAACCCAAGUUCAGUGCUGUGCACAGGCCGGCAGGAGCCACAGCACAGCUCUGCAAGACGCUGCACAGAGAGAGAGACUUGCACUGGUUGUGUAAAGUGUACAUCAGUGCAGAUUACAGAGAGUAGUUCAGGACAAGGACAAGAUGAUCUUACAACAAAAGCUGAGAUAUGUGUUGAUUAUCCUGAAGCGACCGCCAUCAGCACAACAGAGCACAUCACAGAGGAGACAAAUAACAACACCACACUGCAAACUGAGCAACUAAAUGUUCAGUCUGCAGAUGGAGACUCAUCAGAGCUGAAAGAAGAAGAUGGAGAUGUACAAACGGAGAGUGAACUCAAAUCCAUACAGGAACCUGACCCACUUUCUUGCAACCAAGCGGAGCUAAAUGUGAACGAGCCAUACAAUACAGACAGAGCUGUGAGCGAGGGUGUGAGCGGCGCUGCAUUAAGAGCAGAAAAAGAACGCUGGUUCGUGACAGUAAACUACAGUCCUGCACGACCGCGAGUGCGUGCUGCCUCUGUGAAAAAAAAACGAAGACAAAAAAAACUUUGUAAGGACAAUCACAUGGGCAGACCUGGGCAGGAGGGAUUACUUGAAAAUGACAAGAUAAUUAAAAAUAAUAAUGAAUCCGACAGAGGGAUGGACACAGAGUGUGUCAUACACACAAACCAAAAAUCAAAAGGGUAUCAAGGUGAUGAAGAAGAUCCUGAGAGUGUUCACAUGGGACUCAUUUCAGAUUCAUCGCAAGUGUCUUUAACGUCUGGUGAAGAAGAUGAUUUGUUAGAAAAGCUGGUGAUGUCUCAUUUUCCUACAGAGCCAACGACAGACAGAUACCAACACGACCCAAGCAGCUCAGCAUCCACGCCCGAUGACACAUUUACACCCAAAGAACCGUCACGGUUGGACAGUGUGGAGUCUGAUGACACAGCCGAGUUCCUCUCCACUCACAGUUUUGAUUCUGAAAUCUAUCUGUCAGCAACUGAAUCAGAGGAGGACCUUCAGCGUCUUAUUGUUGAACACCAAAGCUCAUUAUCUCUGACAGAAAACAGCCAUCUGUUCAAUCUGACUGAAAAUGACAAUGCAGACUUUACACCAGACAGAGAUUCUUGUGAUAGCCCUCUGUCUUGCACUGUCACAGUUCCCAACGCUGAAGGUCACAAAAGCACCGACGUCGAGCCCACCCUCACAUUUCCAUCUGCUCGCCAAAGUUCUGACAAAAUACCAGAUGACAACUCCACAUGUAACAACCACACACACAGCACGCCGCCCUCAGAUGCACCUGGACUCCAACAACAUGAAGUUAAUCUUCCGGCAUCUGGCUGCUCUUCAGGAGAUCAGCUUCUCCCUGUUCCUGAGUUAACUCUAACACCAUGCUCUGUGGCCGACAGCCCCGAAACAUACGCUGAAGCCGCGGGCCACACUCGACCUGUGUAUGCCAUUUCUGCUUUUUGGGAUGAGAUGGAAAAACUGACAAUAAAUGACAUUUUGCAGCUCAGGAUGGGUAGAAGAACCCCUCCCAGGGAAACACAAGACACAGUGACACCGGUCACAGAUGAUCACAGCUCUGUGGCUGACACUGUGGAGUAUAAUUCAUCUGACGGGGGUCUGAUGGACACGUCAGAUGCUGCUGACUCAGAUUAUUUCACACAGCCUGACGAAUCCAAGCCAGAUCGUUCAAGCUGUGAGUUUUCCACCUCUGAUUUUGAAGAAGAGUACUGGCAGUUUCUUAGCGCCAGUAGGAACCCCAGUCCUGACCCUCAAAGCAAAAAAAGCAGGAGUGACUCUCUGUUCUUUGCACAUGAGGAAGAGGAGUCCUCAGGCUCCGAGGGAAAGGAGACACCUGUGCCUUCAGAUGUCUAUGAAAUGAAAUGUUUUGAGGAUGAGGACUCGAAUGCUUUAAUUUCAAGCGAACUUCCAUUGCCGACACAGAUAACAAAAAGCAAAAGCGUGCGUAACGUACAGGCUCUCAUCACAGACGAUUUAUCUCUGCAGGUUCUGCUUGGUAACGAUGAGAGCAGUCCGUGUCUCAGCAGCUGUCCAUCUCUGGAGGACGACAUGGUUUUGAAAACGAGCGACAGCCUGGAAAAACUAACACCUGUACCUUUUGUGGACGAACAUUAUCAGAUAUCCAUCCCUGAAGUGUUUGAAUACUUUUUCACAGGGGAUAGAACAAAGACUGUUUCCCAGUGUGUCGCCGUCUAUGAUCCAGAGGACUUUUCAGCGGCUCCUGUGUUUGACUUCACUCUUUGUACAGUCAGAGAUGAAAGGUCAUUUUCUCCCCUCCAUGACCUUUCGUGCAUCAAGGAGAAACCCAUCCCCAUUUUCUCCUGUUCUCACCCGACCGUCAGAGAACUCACAUUCCCAAAUCAGGACUAUGUUUUCCUGAGUGCAGACUGUGAGAUGGAGGACGACAUCUCUCCAAUCAGAGUCGUGUCUCGCUCCUUCAUCCAGGGCAGUGAUUGUGGGGCAGCGGCCUCACAUGGAUUUCUCACCUGGAAAAGUCUGAUGAGGAAGAUUCGCUUCCCUGUCAAAGGUAGCAUCUGGUGCAGCAGAUCUGGUGCCUGGGUGUUCCCCGUUGAGGCAGAGAAGAUCACCAUCAAGAGUGCUGAUCCACCAGUAACAGUCCUCACUGAGAGGAGAGUCUCUUUGAGUCCUUCUCAGCUGUUUAGAGAGCUGGCUGUGCAGCAGAGGGUAUUUGAGGCUAUACAGACAAAAAGACGACAGGGCAUCUUCUCCACACUGAAGCAGUCAGAUAUGUGUUUAGUCUGCAUUGCUUUUGCCUCCUGGGUGUUAAAAUCCUCUGAUCCAGAGAGUGCUGAUACCUGGAAAGCAGUUCUCCUGGCAAAUGUGAGUGCGCUGUCGGCCAUCCAGUAUCUGCGGCAGUAUGUGAAGAAGAAGAAUCCUGCUCAAGAUUAAGCCUGAUAUGUGCACGCAAGGGGGAAAGGUCAUUUCCAAACAUUUUCACUUGGGUCCAUCCAUAAAAAUAUAUUCAAGUUACAAUACAGCAUGUAAAAGAAAACUGAUGUUUUAAGUUCUUUUCAGCCUGAAGCUAGUUGAAGGUUUUUAUUUAAAGGAAGUUUAAGUUUCUUGUUGUCAACAGAUUCCAUAAAAAGAGACAAACCAACAAUGAACUGAUCCUCAUGACAAACACAGCUGUUACCAAUGCCUGAUGUAGCUUCUUCCUCUAUUAUUAUUCAAAAACUCUUCAUUACAGUGAAUACAGACAUUUUAGAGAACGGAUACUCAACUUGCUUUACCUGCGGUCCACCUUGCAAGAUGCCAGGGGGCAGUUGUAGCAGCCAGCACAGGUCAGGUGUACCUAAGGGCACUUCUAGGAUUUGAGGACAUUCGCGGCUU